UAACUUUCAAUCUCGCGAGAUUUCACGAAUAGGUCAGUGUCGGAUUCCAGUGGAUAGAGGGAAGAGGGUGAGAGAGGGGCGCUUGGUUACGUUUCAAGUACGCUGAAAAACAUGGGGGACGAUCGGCCUUUUGUGUGCACUGCCCCAGGCUGUGGACAGAGGUUCACCAAUGAGGACCACCUCGCCGUCCACAAACACAAGCACGAGAUGACCCUGAAGUUCGGACCCGCCCGGACCGACUCAGUCAUCAUAGCAGACCAGACGCCCACGCCCACCCGCUUCCUGAAGAACUGCGAGGAGGUGGGCCUCUUCAGCGAGCUGGCCAGCUCCUUCGAGCAGGAGUUCCGCAAGGAGGACGAUGACAACAACAACAACAGCAGCAGGACGGCCAAAAACUCGUCUUCGGCCGUGCAGACUCCCUCUGACGUCAGGGUGAAGCGGGAGGCGUCGGUGGAGCUGGACUCCUCCCCUCCGAACAGCCCCAACUCCGUCUCCAGCAUGUCCGACUCGGAGAGCAGCGAGCCCACGCAGGUCCCCCAGCCGCCGCCCGCGCUCAGCUCGGCGCCCACGCCCACCAUCGUGCGGCCCGGCUCCCUGCCCCUCCACCUGGGCUACGACCCCCUGCACCCCACCCUGCCCUCGCCCACGUCCGUCAUCACGCAAGCCCCGCCCUCCAACCGCCAGCUGGGGUCCCCCACGGGCCCAUACCCAAUGAUGAUGCACCUCCCCAACGGUCAGACCGUCCCUCUCCUGCCCAGCCCGGGCCAGAUGGCUUCAGUCAUAUCACUCGCUCGUCCGCUCUGCAUGGUGCCCAACGUUCCCGGCAUUCCCGGCCCCCCGUUGGGCGGAGUCAGCAGCGGCUCCUCCUCCCCCUCCGGAUACAGCGCUCACUCCGACGCCAAGAUGAGGCUGAAGGCGGCGCUGUCCCAGCAGGCCGCGGGCGUUCUGAACGGUGCCGGCGGCGGUGGCGGCAUGGCGGUGGGCUCCAGCCCCAUGGUCUCCCAGAGGCAGGAGCAGGGCCAGCUGCUCUCCCAGCACCCAGACACGCCCUCUCCCGCGCAGCCCCAGGUGUCCCCGGCCCAGCCCACCGGGGGGCGGCGGCGGCGGGCGGCGGAGGACGACCCGGACGAGCGGCGGCAGCGCUUCCUGGAGAGGAACCGGGCGGCCGCCUCGCGGUGCCGGCAGAAGCGCAAGGUGUGGGUCGGCGCUCUGGAGAAGAAGGCCGAGGAGCUCACCUCCAUGAACGUCAAUCUGUCCAACGAAGUGUCCCUGCUGCGGAAUGAGGUGACCCAUCUGAAACAGCUGCUGCUGGCCCACAAGGACUGCCCCGUGACCGCUUUACAGAAGAAGGCCGCCUACCUAGGAGAGGAGAGCCCCAAAGACCCGACGGAGCCCAAGGGGUCCCCGGCCCCCGUCAUCCAGCACAGCUCCCAGGCCCCCAGCCCCGCAGGACGGGCCAACGGGCUGAGCCAGCGCGCCCCCGCCGAGGUGGUGGCCAUGUCCGUGCUGGCCGGGAUGGGCGGGCAGCGGUCCGAGGGGGGCGGGGCCUCCCAGGUCAUCGUGGCGCCGCAGUCGCAGCCCUCCACCAGAUGAUGCCGGGGGGGGCGCCCCCGUGGAACUGCUUUUAAAAAAAUAAAAUAAAAUGAAAUAAAAAUGACUCGCCGGAGGGGGGGGCGGGACGGACGCUGCGAGAAGGAGGCGGGGUCUCCCUGCGUCGCGCCGCGACAGGGCCCCCGCCUCGUCUUUUAAGCGUCCGACCCCUGCUCCCACGCUCCCGACCCUCUUUGGCUUCCAGAUUCGCGGGAGUGUCGAACUGAACUGAGAAUCGAGAAAUUCCUUUUCACCAUGCCAUUGACUAUGUGGGCUGUACUAUUACCCCCCCUUCCCCCUCCCCCCUCCCCAAGCGGUCCUCCUGACCCAACUACGACCCCUAGUACCCAACCUCACGAUGACUGCAUCCUCUGUCCCAGCAAUGUACUCUGAUACGCGCACGCACGCACACGCCUGUGGGUAGCAGACGACUGUAUCGUUUUUUUUUUUUUGUCCUGUUGGUUUUGACUGUUAGACGAGCAGCGUUCGAUUUCCUACGUCAGCAAGCCCUCCCCCACGGAAACGUGAUUUUGGGAAUGGCUUUUGGAAACGUGGUUUUGGGAAUGGUUUUGGAAAUGAUGGUGGUGUUCAAAGCUUUCGUUUCCUAAGAUCCUUCAAAAGAAUGUCCGGCCGAGAUGAACAGACGAGUGAAAAAACAGUCCUUUCUUGUGACGCAGUUAAAAACCAUAUCCAUUGUUUCAUAUCGGCACCCUCAGUGUGUGUGUAUGCAUGUAUGUGCAUAUAUAUACACGGAUAUACAUAUAUACAGUACACACAUGCGUACAUACAUGUGUUUAUGUAAAGAUCAGUAUAUACCACUAUAUGCAGAUGCAGUCAGAUGCACUAAUGCCUGGUUUUUUUUAAACAUGCUUUACUUUUUAGCUUAUUAACAGUUGGGAGUUCCUAUGUGUGAAUGUAGCUGUGUGUUUAGAGGCUAAUUUUUGGUUUUAUAUAAAAUUGCACGGCCAUGACAUCACUGUCAUCAGUGCUAUUAAACUGGUGCAGUUCCCUUUAGGUUUUAAUUGGCUAAAAUUGCAUGGCAGGAGCAUCCAUUUAUUUCAGGAGUGAUCCCAUUUCUGGAAACAUUUUUUAUCCCUCUUGGACUGAACGUGAAACGUCUGCUUAGGCGUCGCUACUGCAAGUGUCGGUAGUUGCAAAGCUGGAAGGGUUGGAAUCUUCUAGAAUCUGGUGUGUUCUGUCUCGUAACGAUGUGGACCUGAAGCAGAGGGGUCGAGUUAGCUCUCCAGUGCCAGUGAGGCUUGAUCAACAGGUGCUGGGGUUGGGAUGAAAACCAAGCAGGUGCCGCUCCUUCAGGGAGGUAGUUCUUGUGCUGCUGCUCUCUCUGAUCCUGUCCUCAUUUCAUUGGAUUUGCAGCAGAUUUGCCACACAGCGCACGGCUGUGUUCUCUGUUCUCUGCCCCGUAACAUUCGUGCUUUUGUCUUUUGGGUAGGAGUACCCAACUUUAGUCCCUGUAACAUUUGUGCUUUUGUCUUUCGGGUAGGAGUACCCAACUUUAGUCCCUGUAACAUUCGCGCUUUUGUCUUUUGGGUAGGAGUACCCAACUUUAGUCCGAGCGGGCCGCCGGGUAUGCUUGUUUCUGUCGUCUCUCGGCACUGAACCAGUCGACUAAAGAAGGUUAUUAGACAUUUCACUCGCUUUGCCCUGUUUCUUGGGUCAGGAUUCAAGGAGGACAACAGCAGGCCCUGCAGAUAUCCAGGACCAGGGUUUGGGACCCAUUUCGUUGGGCCUGUGUGUCCAGCUUUGGCCUCUUGUGAGCUGCUUAUCCCUCCCUUCUAUUCUUCUGACUAUUGCGGUUUAUAGCAUAAAGCCAAUUCACAAAUCUCCACCAUUUUAAGGAUAGGUAGCAUUAGGUAGGAAAUUGUAUUAUUUUGAAAACUUGAGUUCAAGGGAGGCUUAGGGGGUUUGUGACAUCACUUCCUGUUGUCACCCCAUUUCCUGUGGCAUCUUGUGUAUUAUUUAUUGGGGUGAGUGACUGUGUAACUGGGGGGGGGGGGGGGGGGGAGGAGGGGGGGGUUCCCUUGUUUCAGUGGCUCAUUCUCGAUAUCAUUAGAUCACUGAGCUAAAGACCAAGGUACCUAGCCAAGGGAACCAAUCGCGCACUUGUUUUUGCUCACAGGUAAUUACUUGAGCUUCUGCUGCAAACUAUCAUUCGUGCCUCUAAACUGAAACCUUCGCUUCAUUUUGCAUAUAUGCCUACUUAGCUGCUAGCUGCAUUAUGAUGGUAGCUUGCAUUUUAGCUGACUUACCUUAGCUCAUCUGGCUAGUGUUGGAUAGUAACACCUGUGCGUUAGAUUGAUGAAAUAUUAACUUUCAUUAAAUUUCAUUGUAAAAAAAUUAUCAAUUACAUUUUAAAUCUUAGCAGACAUUUCAUUUUAUAUACUGUAUCUGCGAUUACAUUAUGACAGUUUAGCUACACAUUUACAUACAUAUUUCUUAAUUUGAAAUCUUUUUAAAAACAGAUUCCCCAUGUGUUGACAUUGUUGGAAUUUUCAAGCCAGUCUUUUCUCACUUUGUGAAGCAGACUGUUUGAAAUACCACGAUGGCUAGUUGGUAAAUUAUAUACAAAGAUUAGCUGACCUCAAUAGUUUGUACUACAUAAAAAAUAGAAUGUUUGGUAUAUGCAGGCUACCUGUAUUGCCUUACUAACUAGCUAAUACCAUUUUAUCUUGCGGGUCCUGGAACUUGCAGGGCUAGCUAGCUUGCUAACCUACAUAGUUUGAGUUCGCUUGCUAGCAUAUUCAGAAGAUAUAAUCUGUUGAAGCAUUAGCUAGGAAGCUAACUACUCACAGACUAGCCAUCCUCCCUUUGAGGAAGCUGAUGUGCUUUUUAGCCGGCUGUCAGUCUUUUUAGCAUUGCAGUUUAUUCUCUGUAAUUCUGCAUUAGUACACACAGUUUAAGCCAUCUAGCAGUACUCCAGGGGUACUGCUGUGAAUAAAUGUGACUCAUUCAUUCUAUACCAGUGUUCAAUUUAAAUUUUAAAGAAAAAUGGUCAUUGCUUUUUUUUAAAAUAUACUUAAACUAAAAUUGUGCUUCUCAACAAUGACGAAAGAAUUACAGCAAUGUCUGGCCUUGACUAUUUGGCCAACUUUUAAUCAAGGUGCAUGUUGUGUUAGUCUACAUGACCCAGUUAGGUUAGGUAUUAUUGUAGCUUUCUUGCUAGCUAUCUACUAUAACUAUGCUUCCUGUUGUGCAGGCUUGUCAAGUGUAGCCUACUCGGAAAAACCUUUUAAAUUUAGAGUACAAAAAUGCUGUGAAAGGUCCUCUUACAUAUGUUUAAUACAAACUAACGUGCACCUAGUUCAAUUUUUUUUUUUUUUAAUCUUUUUAUUUUUUACACAAAAUCUCCCAGCAGCCUCCUUGAAUUGCAGGAUGAAUCACAGAAAGGCAGAUUAACUUUUUUUUUUUAACCUGGAAAAUGUCAGACCUAGGCAAGGUGUAAUCAACGCUUAACGAAUGUUUGUGAUCAAAUGCAUGUUAGCCCUCAUUGUACAUGUUUGUGUGGUACAUGUAGUAUGUCAUGUAAAUGUAUCAAAAGAGUGCCUGUGCCUCUCAACAUUGAGAGGAGG